AUGCCGCCUAAGUUCGACCCCAGCGAGAUCAAAGUCAUGUACCUGAGGUGCACCGCUGGUGAAGUCGGUGCCACGUCUGCCCUGGCCCCGAAGAUCGGCCCGCUGGGUCUGUCUCCAAAAAAGGUUGGUGAUGACAUCGCCACGGCAACCGGUGAUUGGAAGGGUCUCAGGAUUACGGUGAAACUGACCAUUCAGAACAGACAGGCCCAGAUUGAAGUGGUACCUUCUGCCUCUGCCCUGAUUAUCAAAGCCCUCAAGGAACGACCAAGAGACAGAAAGAAGCAGAAAAACAUUAAGCACAGUGGAAAUAUUACUUUUGAUGAUACUGUCAAUAUUGCCCGACAGAUGCGACACCAAUCUUUAGCCAGAGAACUCUCUCGAACCAUUAAAGAGAUCCUGGGGACUACCCAGUCAGCGACUGUAAUGUUGAUGGCCACCACCCUCAUACAUCAUAGAUGA